AUGCCUGCUCUUCACAAAAAAGUUUUGGAGAGAAACCUCAACGCUAGUUGGAAAAUAUUCAAGGGUGAUUUAGUGGAAAUUACAACCGGAAAGGACAAAGGAAAACGAGGAGUUAUUAAAAAGGUUUUACGUGAUUCCAAUAGAGUUGUCGUGGAUGGAUGUAAUUUGGUGAAAAAGAACAUUAGAAGAACGGAAGAGAGAGCAGGUUAUUCCAUCAUGAAGGAAUCACCCAUUCAUUGUAGUAAUGUUGCUCUCAUUUGUCCCGAAACUGAUAAACGUACAAAAGUUGGUUGGCGUUUCCUGGAGGAUGGUUCCAAAGUUCGAAUGGCCAAAGAGUCGGGCGCUGUCAUUCCAAAACCUGAACCAAAGAAGAGACUCAAACGACCAAGUAAUCCAUUCAAAGAUACAGACUCUGCCGAGGUUAUUAAAGUUACCUGGACGAAGGAGGAGCGAGAGCAAUUGAUAAAUUAUUAUCUCAUCAAACUUGAACAACAAGAAGUGGAUCGACUUCAAAGACGUAGCGAGAAGGAAGAACAGAAACAAAUGCAAAAGGAAUUGAACGAUAAAUUAUUCAACAUGAGAGUACUGAAGAGAGCUAAAGAAAUACUUGCUGAACAACAACAACAACAGGGAUCACUAUCAACUUUCAACAUGUCGGAAGUGGAGGAAAAGACAAAGAACACUACUUUAUAA